ACCUGCUCAGAAUGUGGGGAAGGAUUCACUGAUUCAUCCAGCAGACAGAAACAUCAGCGAGUUCAUACCAGGCAGCGGCUGUUCACCUGCUCAGACUGUGGGAAGGGAUUCACUUACUCAUCUAAUCUGAAGAUACAUCAGCGCGUUCACACUGGUGAGAGGCUGUUCACCUGCUCAGUCUGUGGGAAGGGAUUCAUUCAGUCAUCCAAACUACUGAGUCAUCAGCGAGUUCACACUGGGGAGAAGCCGUUCACCUGCUCAGACUGUGGGAAGGGAUUCAUUCAGUCAUCCAAACUACUGAGUCAUCAGCGAGUUCACACUGGGGAGAAGCCGUUCACCUGCUCAGUCUGUGGGAAGGGAUUCACUCAGUCAUCUACCCUACUGGUACAUCAGCGAGUUCACACUGGGGAGAAGCCGUUCACCUGCUCAGAAUGUGGGAAGAGAUUCACUCGGUCAUCCCACCUACUUGAACACCUGCGAGUUCACACUGGGGAGAAGCCAUUCUCCUGCUCAGAAUGUGGGAAGGGAUUCACUCAGUCAUCUACCCUACUGGUACAUCAUCGAGUUCACACUGGGGAGAAGAGGGAAUCAAACAUGGCUGACCAAGCUAUUGGGAAAUCAGUUGAGCAACUCAAGCAAGAGAGAAUGACAGCAAAAAGAUUGUUUUCUCGUCUGGCCGACAGCAUUACCAGGACCUAUGAAGACAUGUCUGAAGAGGAGCUCAGAGUGAGUUUCAAUAAGCUCACAAUAGAAGCCGAGAAACUCAUGGAAGCCAAUGACGAUGCGGAGGCCGGACUCACCGCAGAACGGGAGGUGGAGCUGAACAUAGAGAAAGUAGCUGUGUUAACUGAACAGCAAAAAGCCGAGCUGGCAAAGACGUCAUUUGACCUAAUGGCUCACCAGCGAGUUCACACCAGGGAGCGGCCAUUCACCUGCUCAGUCUGUGAUAAGAGAUUCACUCACUCUUCCACCCUAUGGAAACACCAGCGCGUUCAUACUGGGGAGAAGCCAUACAUCUGCUCAGUCUGUGGGAAGAGAUUCACUGAGUCAUCCACCCUACUGGUACAUCAGCGAGUUCACACUGGGGAGAAGCCGUUCACCUGCUCUGUCUGUGGGAAGGGAUUUACUCGGUUAUCCCACCUACAGAGUCACGAGCGAGUUCACACUGGGGAGAGGCCUUUCACCUGCUCAAAAUGUGGAAAAGGAUUCACUGAUCCAUCCAACCUACAGAGACAUCAACGAGUUCACACUGGGGAGAAGCCAUUCACCUGCUCAGAAUGUGGGAAAGAAUUCACUGAGUUAUCCAACCUGCAGAGUCACCAGCGAGUUCACACUGGGGAGAAGCUGUUCACCUGCUCAGAAUGUGGGAAAGGAUUCACUGAUUCAUCCACCCUACAGAGUCAUCAGCGAGUUCACACUGGAGAGAAGCCGUUCACCUGCUCAGAAUGUGGGAAAGGGUUCACUCAUUUAUCCAACCUACGGAGACACCAGAGAGUUCACACUGGGGAGAAGCCAUUUACCUGCUCAGAAUGUGGUAAAGGAUUCAGUGAAUCAUCCACCCUACUGGUACAUCAGCGAGUUCACACUGGGGAGAAGCCGUUCACCUGCUCAGAAUGUGGGAAAGGAUUUACUGCUUCAUCUGCCCUGCAUAGUCACCAGCGCGUUCACACUGGGCAGAAGCCUUUCACCUGCUCAGUCUGUGGGAAAGGAUUCACUCGGUCAUCCAACCUACAGAGUCAUCAGCAAGUUCACACUGGAGAGAGGCCGUUCACCUGCUCAGUCUGUGGGAAGAGAUUCUCUCAUUCAUCCACCCUACAGAAUCAUCAGCGAGUUCACACUGGGGAGAAGCCAUUCACCUGCUCAGUCUGUGGGAAGAGAUUCACUCAGUCAUCCCAAGUACAGAGUCAUCUGCGAGUUCACACUGGGGAGAAGCCGUUCACCUGUUCAGAAUGUGGGAAGGGAUUUACUCAGUUAUCCCAACUACUGAGUCAUCAGCGAGUUCACACUGGGGAGAAGCCGUUCACCUGCUCAGAAUGUGGGAAGGGAUUUGCACAGUCAUCCCAACUACUGAGUCAUCAGCGAGUUCAUACUGAUGAGAGACCAUUCCCCUGCUCAGUCUGUGGAAAGAGAUUCACACAUUCAUCCACCCUACAGAGACACCAACGAGUUCACACUGGGGAGAAGCCAUUCACCUGCUCAGUCUGUGGGAAGAGAUUCACUCGGUCAUCUGACCUACAGAGUCAUCAUCGAAUUCACACUGGGAAGAAGCCGUUCACUUGCUCAGAAUGUGGGAAGAGAUUCACUCAUUCAUCCACCCUACAGAAUCACCAGCGAGUUCACACUGGGGAGAGGGCAUUCCCCUGCUCAGUAUGUGGGAAGAGAUUCACUCGCUCUUCCACCCUGCAGAGACAUCAGCAAGUUCACAAUGGGGAGUGGCCAUUUAAAAUAGAAAUUUGUGGAGAAGGAUUCACUCGGUCAUCUGAUCUAAUGGCUCACCAGCUAGUUCACUACGGGGAGAGGCCUUUCACCUGCUCGGACUGUGGGAAGAGAUUCAUUCAGUCAUCCACCCUACUGGUACAUCAGCGAGUUCACACUGGAGAGAAGCCGUUCACCUGCUCGGACUGCGGGAAGAGAUUCACUCAGUUAACCCACCUACAGAGUCAUCAGCGAGUUCACACGGGGGAGAGGCCAUUCACCUGCUCAGAAUGUGGGAAAGGAUUCACUGAGUUAUCCAGCCUACAGAGACAUCAGCGAGUUCACACUGGGGAGAAGCCAUUCACCUGCUCAGAAUGUGGGAGGAGAUUCACUCAGUCAUCCACUCUACUGAGACAUCAGGGAGUUCACACUGGGGAGAAGCCAUUCACCUGCUCAGAAUGUGGGAAGAGAUUCAGUCAGUCAUCCACCCUACAGAGUCAUCAGCGAGUUCACACUGGAGAGAAACCAUUCACCUGCUCAGUCUGUGGGAAGAGAUUCACUCACUGUUCCAGCUUACAGAGACAUCGGCAAGUUCACACUGGGGAGAGGCCAUUCAUCUGCUGAGAAUGUGGGAAGGGAUUCAGUCCCCAACUACUGGCACACCAGUCAGUUCACAAUGGGGAGUGGCCUUUGUUAUGAAUCUCUAG